AUGCACGCUGUUGACCCCUUCUCGCAUACUAGUGGCGGGUUCUUCGUCCAGCUUCUAAAUGCCAUCUCGGCAACCGCGCUCAUCCGAUGCUGGCCUCUGCUCGUGUUCUUCACUGCCUGGGCGACAGCGAUCAGUGUCAUCAGCCACUCGGUGCAUAAUCUUGGGAUACAAAGCACGUUGUUGACAGUCAUCGGUACCGUUCUGGGUUUUGUGGUGUCAUAUCGAACCACGUCAAGCUUCGAACGGUACAAUGAAGGUCGCAAGCUCUGGUCGCAAAUCGUCCUAGCCAGCCGGACGUUCUCCCGCACUGUCUGGUUCCACGUCCCCGGUGAGCUUUUCCCCUCCCGCAAGCAGCGCGUGAUCAUCGAGAAGAAGACCGUCAUCAAUCUUGUCGAAGCGUUCGCUGUCUCCGUCAAGCACUACCUGCGCGGCGAGGAGGGUGUGUACUACGUUGACCUCUACCACCUCGUCAAGUACCUGCCAUCGUACGCGCUUCCGCCGGGCAUUCCCUCGCAGCUCGACGUGUCCGAUGUCGCAAGCACAGGCGCGGGCGGGGCGUCCGAGGGCGAGCGCGAUCGCCGCCUGUCCGAUGUGCGCUCGUUCCGCAGCGUCGCGCAGUCCGCGCGUUCGCCAGUGUCGCCGCGCUCGCAGCACCUCCCGCUGCCUGUCACGUCUCCGAAUCGCCGCACCACGUUCGCGCCGAACGGGCUGCCGAAACCAAGUCUCGAGCGCGAGGUGUCGGAGGGCGAGAUGAAGGAGGAGAAAAGCUCGAUGGCGAUGUUUGUCGACGAGAGCUUCUUGCUUCCUGCGCGCAACCCGCCGAAGUACCACCUCCUGGAUCUGUUCCCGUUGUCGUUGAUUGUGCGGCUACUCACGAAGAAAGGGAAGGAUGUCAAGGGCAAGACAGCGGCGAAAAUCAGGGCCAAACUGCGGAGCAAGACGGUCACGCAUAACUUGCCGCUGGAAAUCUCGUUCUACCUUAGUUCAUACGUAGCGACUCUCCAAAACCGCAAGGUCGUGGAUGCACCAACAUCAACCGCGCUCCUCAACUCACUCCUCCAGCUUGUGGAUGCGCUGACGGGUCUCGAGCGUAUUCUGACUACGCCGAUCCCCUUCUCGUAUCGCGUGCACUUGUGGACGGUUACUGUCCUGUACAAUCUCUUCUUGCCCUUCCAGAUCUGGAACACCCUCGGAUGGCUAACAAUCCCGGCAACAACUCUGCUUAGCUUCAUCUUCUUUGGUUUCUUGGUUGCCGGAGAGGAGAUUGAGAAUCCGUUCGGUUACGACAAGAAUGACCUGAACAUGGACCACUUCACGAACAAUAUCAUCCGCAGUGAACUCCGCGCACUGACAGCACUCCCAGUCCCUGAUCCCACGGUUUGGGCGUUCUCGCAGUACAACGACCAGAUCUUCGGCUCGCACCCCACAGAGCGCAUAUCGCCCGAGGAAUGGAUGCGCCGCGGCUAUGGCAGUAUGCAGGCCGCACUUUACGAAGCGGCAUAA